GUGGGCGUUCCGUUGGUGUCACACAUGAAAGUCACACUUGCCCUGUGGCCAGCCAACGGCCCGAAACCUAGCUCCACUCUUCCCCCCUACCUCGCGACGCUCCGCCGUCCCCACCGGCAGGCAUGACGCCGCCUAAAGACAUGGCGCCCAAGGACGUCGAACGCAGUGAUAGCGUUGACAGCGACAACGGAAUGCCGCCCAAGACUGAACCCGGAAACAAGGUCACGCGUUUCCUGGAGCCUUUCUUCCAGGUCCACACGCGCGGCAGUAACUGGCUGCAGGAGAUCCGGGCCGGCUGCUGCCUGUUCAUGACCUCGGCCUACAUCCUGUUCCUGAACCCCAUCAUCUUGUCCGGCGGCACCUCCGGCUUCAACACCGGCAUGCCCGGAGACGACGUGGCCCUGGCCACCUCCGUCGCCACCGGCUGCGCCACCCUCCUCAUGGGCGUGGUCGCAAACUACCCGUGGGUGGUGAGUGUGCAGCUGGGCACCAACUCCUACUUCGUCAACUCGGUGCUCAAGCUGGGCGUGCCCUGCGGCGCGCACCCGCACUUCUACGGUGGAGACACCUGCACCGGCCAGCCCUGCAGCUGCAGCAUUGACGCCAGCGGCGAACAGGUGGUCAACGAGCGCGUGCUGGUCGGCGGCCCAUGCUUCAACACCACUGCCGAAUGCCUGGGUACCGAGAUCCCCUAUGAGAAGGCUCUGGCCGCCACCUUCCUCGAGGGCCUGGUCUUCCUGGCCAUUUGCUUCCUGGGCAUCCGCAGGUGGCUGCUCAAGCUUUUCCCCAAGUCUAUCCUGAUGGCGGGCGCGGCGGGCAUCGGCUGCUUCAUCUCGUUCGUGGGCGUCAAGGACAUGGGUGUCAUUGUGGCCGCGCCCUACCCCACCCUGCUCAGCCUGAACCUUGGCAUACCCUACGUGCACGGCGGCUGGGGCAAGCCCGGCUACGACAGCAAGGUGUCCUUCAACAGCUGCCGCAUGUACCAGGAUGGACCGCCGUACAGCGUGGUAUGCCCCUGGCUGUCCGUGGGAGGACUCAUCUUCACGGCUAUCGUAAGUGGGCUAUUGGGGAAACAUGCGUUUGAGCGAUACCUCAUGCCGUCCUGCCUAUGGGAUACCCUGCUGUGCUGGAACAUCAACGGCGCGUUCAUCAUGGGCAUCUUCUUCACCAUGUUCAUCUCCUGGAUCAAGUUUCCAGAGAAAAUCUCGACCGGCCAGGGCCUGGUGCCGGACAAGGUCGCGUACCUACCCAAGUUCCAAGAGACCGCCGGCGCGAUCGACUUCCAGUGGGGCAGCCAGACCGGAGACCUGAUCAUUGCCUUUGUCACUUUCCUGUACCUGGACUUCAUUGGCAGCUGCAUCACCUUCGUGGCCAUGGGUGAGAUGACGGGCAUCCUUGACGAGAAGGGCAACAUGCCGCGCAGCAACAUGGCCUUCAUCGCUGACGGCUUCGGCACCAUGCUGGGCGGGCUCCUGGGCAGCAGCGCCCUGACCACCUACGUCGAGAGCGCCAGCGCCGUGCGAGAGGGCGGCCGAACCGGUAUCACCGCCAUCGUGUGCGCGCUCUUCUUCUUCGCCGCCUGCUUCCUGUCACCGCUGUUCUCAGUCAUCCCUGCCAUUGCCACCGGCCCCAUCCUGGCGCUCAUCGGCGUCCUCAUCUUCAUGCCAUCCGUGUUCGAGAUCAAUUGGCACGACAUCACGGACGCCAUCCCCGCCUUCGUGACCAUGCUGGGUAUGCCCUUCACUCACAACAUCGCCUACGGCAUCAUCGGCGGUCUUUUGGUGCACGUCAUCAUUAAGUUCUUCACCUACCAGCUGUUCGAUUUCCAGCACAGCUGGCCGGGCGCGGCGCUGUACCGGCGCUGGGCGACUGCGGACGUGACCAAGCUGAUGAAGAUGCGCAUGCCAGGAUGGAACUGCGAGAUCCCGCCCACCGGCCGCCCCGAGGACCCCUGGUACUACGACCCCAGCCUGGAGGCGGUCGUCAGGAAGAAGUUCUUCCCCGACUACGACGAGAACUACCAACGCAAGCGCUCCACCCCCGCCCUGGACGUCCCGCCGCUGCCGCCCAGCAAGGACAUGGGCGAAACACAUGUGCCGGCGGUCGCCGCGGUCGCCACGGCGGACACGGGCCGCCCCAUCCAUGCGCCUGACGACUCCGCGCACCACGGCCACAUGCACAGCACCUGAGUGGCACUGGCAACGGCCGUGGCGCGUGAUUGAUGCAUCAAGUGCGGGAUGCACGGAAAGAGCGAGGCGCGGAUGGAGAUGUUUUGGGUCCUGUGUGGCUACACAGCAAAUGGGCGUGUGGGUAGGUCCAGUCGUCAAUUAGGUGCGUGUGGCGCACGUGAAAACUUGUAUGGGGCCACCUCCGUGCCUGCAUUUGCUGUCUGCCGUGCGUGAUACCUGCAUGCGGGCUCAUGUGUGUUCGUGAACAGGGGAACUAUUUGGAUAGGAGCACGGUGAACGCCCUCACAUUUACUGUGCUAUGGCUUUGUCUCGUUUUGCAUGCUCCGGUGUGUUCGUGUCAGUGCGUUCUCGCAACAUACCCUCCUGCCGGGGAGCAAUGCGCCAGUGCAAUAAGGUCGUAUUUUGCACGUACGCCCCUUGUGCGUGUACAGCGCAUUAGGCUUCGUAUAACACAGGGACCUCGAACGGGAUAGAUGGGGGAUUGCCGGGAUCAUGCAGACAGUGCUGUUUGCUGCCGGGAUGCACUGGCAUUGGCGUGUAUAUAGUACCGCUGUCCUCAGCUGCGUAUGCAAGCAUGAAUGCAUGCCCGUGAAUGCAUGCCCGUGUGCUGUACAUUUCAAACCAUUUCUGUAUACUUUUGCACGCAUAGCUGCCGCAUGGAUCGGCGGCCUUGCAUGUGCGCUGAGUCUCAUGCAACUGGUGCCGCAUGGUAUAAAUGCCUCGCUGGCCCAUCACCCGUGUGGUUGUGUAGUCCCGAAGUUACGUUCCGCGAUCACUCCUAUAAAAAGUGCUGUGGGUGUGCAUGCCCUGGCUCGUAUCACUACUUGUACAGCACGUGUCGACGUAUAUCCUGGGCCCAACUUCUUAGAUUGGUUUCAAACUCGUGGAACCUUUUAUACAUACCCCUACGGGAGCUGUGCGUGUGUGACUCCUUCCCUUCGCUCGGAUCGGACGGACCUGAGAAGUGACAGGAACUGGUCGGUUGGCCCGCAUGGGUGCAUCCAUGGCUGCGUGCAACCCUUGGUGCAACCCACUGGACGUGUGGUACGGCAUCCAUGAGUUGUGGUGUUGCACCUGGAUUCA